ACAAAAAUUGUUUUCUCUAGUUCUCGGCAGUCGGCAGGGCAAACAAGAGAGCGUAUGCCACUGCUCUCUCCCGGCACCAUCACCAUCACCAUCGGCCGAUGAGCACAUCCGCAUGAGAUGGCCAGGAUUGAUACCCUUGUUCCUCCCCAAACCCCCCUCACUCCUCCGAUCCAUCCCUCUCUCCGACCCCUACCUCUCCUCUCUCUCCCCUCACCUCUCCCCCUCCUCCAUCUCCUCCGCCCUCAACCUCCUCCCCUUCCCCUCCGCCUUCCGCCUCUUCCUCUGGACCUCCUUCCAUCGCCAUCUCCGCUCCUUCGACUCCCACAACAUCAUCAUUUCCACUCUCGUUUCUUCACCUGACGACUCCUUCCCCUCCGCUUGGCAAGUUCUAUCCGACUUCCACUCCUCCGGAAAUCCCGUCCACCCUGCCGCCUUUACCGUCCUCAUCUCCGCCUACUCUGCUGCUGGCCUUCCGGAGAAGGCUGUGGAGACCUUCUCUAGGAUGCAGGAUUUUGGCUCCCGCCCCAACACCUUCACUUACAAUACUUUGUUGAGGGUUUUGAUUGAGAAAGAUGUCAUCUUGCUCGCCAUGGCUGUUUAUAAUCUCAUGCUCAAGUCUGAUUGCCGCCCGAAUAGUGCUUCUUAUGGGAUUUUGAUUGAUGGUCUUUGUAAGGCUGGGAAGAAUGAGGAUGCGUUGAAGUUGUUUGAUGAAAUGCUUCAGCGAUGUGUGCCACCCAAUGCGGUUAUUUAUACUGUGUUUUUGACUUCCUUGUGUGGUGCUGGCAAGAUUGAGGAUGCAAUGCGGCUGCUUGGGACCAUGAAGGAGAAGAAUUGCCCACCGGAUGAUGCAGUGUACAAUGCGAUGUUGAGUGGGUUCUGUAAGGCGGGUAGGAUUGAUGAGGCGUUUGAGAAUUUGAAGGCUUUUCAGGGGGAUGGUUUUGUUCUUGGAUUGAGUGGAUAUAGUUGUUUGAUCGAUGGCUUGUUCCGGGCUGAGAGGUUUGAGGACGCAUGCAGUUACUACAAGGAGAUGUUGACGAAAAGUUUGGUGCCGGAUUGUGUGUUGUAUACAAUCAUGAUAAGAGGGUACUUGGAGGCUGGGAGGGUUGAUGAAGCUUUCAGUUUUCUCGGUGAGAUGACUGACAAGGGUGUAGUUCCAGAUACCUUUUGUUAUAAUACUUUGAUCAAAGGUCUUUGUGAUUCUGGCCAUUUGAAUAGAGCUCGUUCUCUGAGGUUGGAGAUUUCAAAACAUAAUUGCUUUCCUGACUCAGCCACUUACACCAUUAUGAUUUGUGGAUUGUGCAAGGAAGGGAUGAUUCAUGAGGCUCAAGAGAUUUUUGAUGAGAUGGGGAAGCAUGGGUGUGCCCCAACAGUCAUGACUUUCAAUGCGCUCAUCAAUGGGCUUUGCAAAGCUGGCCAGCUCAAAAAAGCUAACUAUCUGUUUCAUAAGAUGGAGAUGGGGAGAAAUCCUUCCCUGUUUCUUCGGCUAUCUCAAGGUACAAAUCGUGUCCAUGACAGUCAUAGUCUCCGGAAAUUGGUUGAAGAUUUGUGCGAGUCUGGUCUUGUACUAAAGGCAUAUAAGCUUCUCCGUGAUAUCAUAGAUAGUGGAGUUGUACCUGAUGUUGUCACAUACAACAUACUGAUUAAUGGCUUUUGUAAAGAAGGGGACCUCAAUGGAGCUCUGAAUCUCUUCAAGCGGCUUCAGCUUGAGGGGCACAUGCCUGAUGAUGUUACAUACAGCACACUUAUUGAUGGGCUACUAAAAGUUCGUCGGAAAGAGGAUUCCUCAUUGAUUUAUCAGCAUAUGUUGAGGAACGGAUAUGCCACUAGUUUGUCAAUAUGCGCUACCCAUAUGAGAACUAUGUGUCGGGAGAAGAGAGUUUCACAAGCUGUGAACUUCUGGCUGGACCACCUCUUGCAAGAUAGUGCCCUUUCUGAUGAAAAGGAAACCAUUAAACUUGUGCAAAAACAAUUCGAGCAGGAAUAUCUAGAAGAAGCGAUUAGAACCCUAAUUGAGAUGGAUCAAAGGCGGAACGCUGUCAAUUCAUUUCCAUACACAAUUUGGCUCAUUGGAUACUGUCAAGCUCAAGCUAUUGAUAAAGCUCUCAAAAUCUUCUCCCUUCUUGUUGAGUAUAAAAUUGAUGUUACUCCCCCUAGUUGUGUACUCCUUAUCAAUGGCCUUUGUCGGAAGGGGAAACUGGGGUCAGCUUUAAAUGUCAUGCUUUAUUCAUUGGGUAAAGGUUACUUAUUCAUGCAGCCUGUUGGGAACCGGCUUCUUAAGAGACUCUGCAUUUAUAAUAAGAAGAGAGCUGCAUGUGAGCUUGCAAAGAGAAUGCAUCUUACAGGAUAUGACAUGGAUCUGUAUCUUCGAGACACUACCAAAGCUCUGCUGUAUAAUUAACACACUGGUACAAAUUCUAUUUGGCUCUUGCACCAACAUGAAAUGGGUGAGCAAGCGAGACUCUAAGGUAGGAUACGCAAAAGGUUUGCCAUGAUUAGGAUGUCACCAUUACUGCAGAACACAAAGGUUAAAGGAUCUCUUGCUGCUUGUGUUAUUCAUGGAAUUGAGAUAUCUGUUGAAUUUAAACUAGUUAAAGAUCAUCCAAUGGAUCCUCAUGAACAAGAUCAUCAGGCUGGACAAGCUUUCGAGGAAAGGCUCUCUUUUCUUCUGUGCUUGGAAGAGAAAGCUCACAUUCUGAGAGCAAAAGCUGUUGAAAAAAAUCUUUGAAGGUGUGUGUGUGUGUUUAUAUUCUCAUGUAUGAUUUGUUGUUUCUCUUGUUAGGAAGUGCUACUGUAUUUGAAAAUGAGGUUAAGUUAAUCACCAAGCUGGCAAGCUCCACCAUAGAAAUCUAGUGGAGAGUGAAGAAGAUGGAAUUGUAUUUAUAGAUGCUUUUUAUUUUUUGCUUUUUAUUACACUGUGUAUGUUAAUUAAUUCUUCCUUGAAACUUGUUGCUAAUGUGGCAACACCGUAAUGUUAAUUGAUUCUUUGUAGAUAGAGUCUUGAUA